UAUGCCUGUUGGGCACGUCUCGCGUGUCCGGGCCUUGUAUCGGCGCAUUUUGCUGCUGCACCGAGUUCUACCCCCAGACCUCAAAGCCCUUGGUGACCAGUACGUGAAGGAUGAAUUUAGGAGACAUAAGACCGUUGGUUCUGACGAGGCCGAGCGAUUCUUUCAGGAAUGGGAGGCAUAUGCAGCAGUGCUAUGGCAACAAGCUAAUGAAAACAGACACAAUUCAACUGAAAAAUCAUGUUUUGGAAUCUCCCUACCAGAAGAAAGACUUAAUGACUUUCGUGAUGAACAAAUUGGACAGUUGCAGGAGCUGAUGCAAGAAGCCACUAAACCCAAUAGGCAGUUUAGUAUUACUGAGUCCAGGAAACCAAAAUUUUAGUCUAUACAAUAAAGUUUAACAAAGCAUUUCAAAUUCAAAGCCCCUUAUUUUAACUAUCAUUGGUUUUGAAAAUUUAUUU